CCAGCUCAAAGCCCAACACCAAAGGGUGAGUCAGGGCACUUACUUGAUGGCAAGAACAGUGAAGGGUCUGAGAUUUGGUUUCACCCUACUUGCAAGCUAGCAAGUGAGCCUUACUAUGUCAUGGAUGCUGGCAGGAGACAUGAGACUCCUGGGUCAGAGACAAAGGACGCUAUGACUCCUAGCACAGCAAGCAGCAUAUUAGUGUCGGCUUCCCAAAGCCCCACGGGGUUAGAUGUGAUGGGCCCACGUGCAUGCUUUGCAUAUAGUGAGUGGGGGUCACAGCUGGGGAACAGGAGACCAAGGUCCCCAUGUGUGCCAGCAGGAAACACUAUAGCACACAAGCCAGUCUCCUGCACAGUGGGAACGAGCAGUCACCUAGUGAUCACGCGGUGUCCUUUUGCCUGUUUAUUGUGUGUGUGACCAUCCUGUCACUAUCAGAGGAGGGAUAAGCCUUGUAGUCUGGUGUACUCAGCCGGAAUGUGCACAGAUGCUCAGGGCCCCGAGAGUCCUACAGAUGGGGAGCCUUUAGAGAAGGGAUGUGACUUGCUGAGGGCCACACAGGAAAAGCCAUGUCUCGAAAUUUCCAGGCUCCCGGUCCAGUGCUUUUUCCACCACCCUCCUCUGCCCUUCUGGGUUUCCAUAGGACACCUGGCAUUUGUGCAGCAGACCAGCCUCACCGGGAGGCAUCGAGGUGGGGGGACAGGGGAAGCCCAAGUCCACCCCUUUGUUUCUCUGUGUCUGCCAACAUCUUUUUAAAUCUAGGCUGCUUUGGAGAUGAGGAGGGCAUGAUGGACAAAACCAACCGUGUCAGAUAUGGUGGAGCAGCUCUUCCCGGCCCCCCUGCAGACCCUCUCCAGGAAGAUUGUGCGGUCUAAGAUGAAUAGCACUCUGGUCGGAGUGUUCACCAUCACCCUAGUGUUCCUGUCGGCUUUCGUCAACAUGUUCAUGUGUAACUCCAGGGACCUGUUCGGCUGCCUGGCGGACGAGCACAACAUCAGCGCCAGCCAGGUCAACGCGUGCCACGUGGUGGGGUCGGCCGCCAACUACAGCCUGGGGGACGAGCGGGGCUUCUGCAGCAGCCCAUGGCCCAACUGCAACUUCCCUGAGUACUUCACCUACAGUGUGCUGCUCAGCCUGCUGGCCUGCUCCGUGUUCCUGCAGAUCAGCUGCAUUGGGAAGCUGGUGCUCAUGCUGGCCAUUGAGCUCACAUACGUGCUCAUCGUCGAGGUGCCCCGUGUCACACUCUUUGACAAUGCUGACCUGCUGGUCACUGCCAACGCCAUAGACUUCAACAACAACGGGACCUCCCAGUGCCCUGAGCACGCGACCAAGGUGGCACUGAAGGUGGUGACACCCAUCAUCAUCUCCGUCUUUGUGCUGGCCCUAUACUUGCAUGCCCAGCAAGUGGAGUCCACCGCCCGCCUGGACUUCCUCUGGAAACUGCAGGCCACAGAGGAGAAGGAGGAGAUGGAGGAGCUGCAGGCCUACAACCGGCGGCUGCUGCACAACAUCCUGCCCAAGGACGUGGCCGCCCAUUUCCUGGCCCGUGAGCGACGCAACGACGAGCUCUACUACCAGUCGUGCGAGUGCGUGGCCGUCAUGUUCGCCUCCAUCGCCAACUUUUCCGAGUUCUACGUGGAGCUGGAGGCCAACAAUGAGGGCGUCGAGUGCCUGCGGCUGCUCAACGAGAUCAUCGCCGACUUUGAUGAGAUCAUCAGCGAGGAUCGGUUCAGGCAGCUGGAAAAGAUCAAGACCAUUGGCAGCACCUACAUGGCCGCCUCAGGCCUCAACGAUUCUACAUAUGACAAGGUGGGCAAGACCCACAUCAAAGCCCUGGCCGACUUUGCCAUGAAGCUCAUGGAUCAAAUGAAGUACAUCAAUGAACACUCCUUCAACAACUUCCAGAUGAAGAUCGGGCUCAACAUCGGCCCCGUGGUGGCCGGGGUGAUCGGGGCUCGCAAGCCUCAGUACGACAUCUGGGGCAACACGGUGAACGUGGCCAGCCGCAUGGACAGCACCGGUGUGCCUGACCGCAUCCAGGUCACCACGGACAUGUACCAGGUGCUGGCUGCCAACACAUACCAGCUGGAGUGCAGGGGUGUGGUCAAGGUCAAGGGCAAAGGCGAGAUGAUGACCUACUUCCUCAACGGGGGGCCCCCGCUCAGUUAGCAGCUGCCACCUGGUGAUGCCAGGCAGCCUGGCCUCCAGAGAAACGGAAAUGGCUUCUUUGGGUGCCAGUGGGCCGGUGGAAGCCUGCGCUCUAGCCCACGUGGCUGCACCAGUGAGAUUUUCCACUUUGACUCCAGAAGCAGCUUCUGCCUUUGUGGGCAGGCAGCCGCCUCCGUCCCAGGCCCCGGGGUGCCAGGGUCCUGCAAGCGCCAAGCUGACCAAAGAUGUUUCCUCCGUAGAAGACUCCACUAGGCGUGAUCUGAAUCUCGAGUUUUCUAACGGGCGCUGCUGCUGCAUGGGUAGAAAGGGGCUGCCGGAGCUCUUACGGUGCGGGGCAGCCCGGCGUGUGACGACAGGGCUGAGGGGGAGGCCUCGGCCUGGGGCGGGUGGGAUAAGGCGCGACUCCAGCCCCCAGGAACCUAGGGGCCUCGGGGGUCCGCUUUCCCAUGUGAGCCUUUCAACUGCCGACAGAGACCACGGCCCCUGCCCCAUGGAGGGGCUUUCUGGCAGGAGGGCGGGCUGUGGACGGACUUCGGUCUUCUCCACAGUCCUCCUCCCGCACCUCUUCGAGGGGAACAGAGUGAAUUGCGAAGGGGAGGCGAGAGGACUCGAGGCAAGGAGGGGUGGUUCUGAGAAAAAGAAUAUUUAUUAAAUAAAACAACUUUCUGUGCCCUUU